UGUGCGUCCUGGGUUGGGCAGCCUCUUUUGGUCGCACGCUGGCUGCGGAGUGAGUCUUUGCCUCUGUCGCCAGUCGGCCUGAUUCACUACCAGGUGCCCACCUCCCCUCCAGGCUCCUGUCCCGGGAUCUAAGAGCUAUUCUCCCGUUCUCCUGGGUCUUCUGGUCUCUCCGCCCUACAAGGGCCUCGGGACUGCCACUAGCCGGGGGACCUGCCGCCACCUCCGCCGCCGCUGCCAGUUUGGCUUUGUCACUUCCACCGAGAUCCCAGCCCACCGGGCCGCAGCUGCAUUCUCAACGGCCGGGCCUGGUGGUACAGUGGUUAAAGCACUUGGCUGCUAACUGAAAGUUUAGUGGUUUGAACCACCACUGCUCCGUGGGAGAAAGAUGUAGCAGUUUGCUCCGGUAAAGAUUUACAGCCUUGCAAACUCUAUGGCGCAGUCCUACUCUGUUCUAUAAGGUGUCAAGCGUGGUACAGGGAGAACUAGUCCAGUCCAGGCAUCUUGGGGUCUAGAGUGACCGUCCCGCACAUACAUAAAUUGGAAGUACAAUUUCAACUGCCCUGACUAGUGUGUGGACCAAACAUUAUUCAUCUGCUUCCAAACUACCCUGUGCUCAGCUUCCACUCCCAUUCCUCUUACUGAAACAGGUUCUUGCGCUUAGAGACUGACAUUCUCUCAGACUUUCAGAAGCUGGAGCAAGGAAAUGGACUCAGUGGUCAUUGAUGACGUGGCUGUGGUCUUUAGCCAGGAGGAGUGGGCUCUGCUGGAUCUUGCUCAGAGGAAGCUCUACAGAGAUGUGAUGAUGGAAACCUUCAGAAACCUGGCCUCUGUUGUCUGUCAAAACCUUCAUGAUGGAGAAACUUUAUUCAGUGAACAUGUAAUGGUGCAAUUCAUGAAGAAGAACACCUGGUCCUCCAUGUUAGGAGAAAUAUCCAAAUCGUAUGGCAAUAAAGAUUGGCAUAAAAACCAGAAGAGAUAUUUGAGGAUGCCUAUUUUUAACAGAAGUCAUACAAUAGAGAACCUCCAUGAAAGUAAUAAAGGCAAUCAGUGUGGGAAAAUCAUCAGCCAGAUUUCUAAUCAAAGUGUGUUAAAGAGAAAUCCUCCAGAAGUAAAUCCUUUUGAAUGCUGUGAGUGUGGAAAAGCCUCCAUGGAUCAUUCAUUACAUAACCAUCAUGCCAGAUCUCACACUGGAUUUGAUACCUGUCACUCUAAGCAGUGUGGAGAAGCCUGCAAUUGUCCCUCUCACCUAACCACUCCUAUGAGAACUCUUACUGGAAAGAAACCCUAUAAAUGUAAGGUAUGUGGGAAGAACUUAUUUUGUAUUUUGUACGUUCAGAAUCCUGGGACAACACUCACUGGCGAGACAGAAUAUGAAGCUAGCAAAUGUGGCAAAGAUUUUUGUAGUUUAUCAUCCUUUUGGACACAUGUGAGAGGUCACAGAUGUGAAUGUAAAGAAUGUUGUAAAACCAUCAGACAUCCUUCAUCCCUCAUUUUACAUGAAAAGUUUCAUAAUAGGGACAAGCCUUAUGAAUGUAAGGAAUGUGGGAAAGCAUUUAGUGCAGCCUCUUCCCUCACUCAACAUACAAGAACUCACAGUGGGGAGAGGCCUUAUGCAUGUAUGGAGUGUGGGAAAGCCUUUAGUCAGUCGUCACACCUCACAACACAUACAAGAACUCACAAUGGGCAGAGGCCUUAUGAAUGUAAGGAAUGUGGGAAAGCCUUUAAUCAGGCUUCAUCCCUUCGUGAUCAUGUAAGGACUCACACCGGAGUGAGGCCUUAUAAAUGUAAGGACUGUGGGAAAGCCUUUAGGCAGUCAUCACACCUCACUACACAUAUAAGAACUCAUAAUGGGCAGAGGCCUUAUGAAUGUAAGGAAUGUGGGAAAACGUUUAGUCGUUCCAAUUACCUCUCUGAACAUUUAAGAAUUCACAGUGGAGAGAGGCCUUAUGCAUGUAUGGAAUGUGGGAAAGCCUUUUCUCAGUCAUCACACCUCACUACACAUAUAAAAACUCACAAUGGGCAGAGGCCUUAUGAAUGUAAGGAAUGUGGGAAAACGUUUAUUCAGGCCUCGUCCCUUCGUAAACAUACAAGGACUCACACUGGAGUGAGGCCUUAUAAAUGUAAGGAAUGUGGGAAAGCCUUUUGGCAAUCCUCACACCUCACUAAACAUAUAAGAACUCACAGUGGAGAGAGGCCUUAUGAAUGUAAGCAAUGUGGGAAAACCUUUCGUCGUUCCUGUCAUCUCUCUGAACACGUAAGAACUCACAGUGGAGAGAAACCUUAUAAAUGUAAGCAAUGUGGGAAAGCCUUUAGUCAGUCUUCUCACCUCACUGAACAUAUGAGAAUUCACAGUGGGGAGAGGCCUUAUGAAUGUAAGGAAUGUGGAAAAGGCUUUAGGUGUUCCUCAGUCCUCAAGGCCCAUGUAAGAACUCACACUGGAGAGCGGCCCUAUGAGUGUAAGGUAUGUGGGAAAGCGUAUACCCGAGUCUCACGUCUCAUUAAACAUACAAGAACAGCUCAUAGUGGAGAGAAGCCUUAUGAAUGUAAGGAAUGUGGGAAAGCUUUUAGGCAAUCUUCACACCUCACUAAACACAUAAUAAUGCACAGUGGAGAGAGACCUUAUGAAUGUAAGCAAUGUGCGAAAACUUUUAGUCGGUCAUCACAGCUCACUACACAUAUAAGAGUUCACAGUGGAGAGAGGCCUUAUGAAUGUAAGGAAUGUGGAAAAGGCUUUAGGUGUUCUUCAGCCCUUACUACCCAUAUAAGAAUUCACACUGGAGAGAGGCCCUAUGAAUGUAAGGAAUGUGGGAAAGCAUAUAGGCAAGUCUCACACCUCAUUAAACAUACAAGAACAGCUCAUACUGGAGAGAGGCCUUUUGAAUGUAAGGAAUGUGGGAAAGCAUUUAGUGAUUCCUCAAACCUCCCUAGACAUAUAAGAACUCACAGUGUAGAAAGACCUUAUGAAUGUAACAAAUGCGGGAAAGCAUUUAGUGAGGCCUCAUCCCUCACUCAGCAUAUAAGAACUCACACUGGAGAGAGGCCCUAUGAAUGUAAAGAAUGUGGGAAAGCCUAUAGGCAAGUCUCACACCUCAUUAGACAUACAAGAACAACUCAUAAUGGAGAAAGACAUUAUUAAUGUAAGGAACGUGGGAAAGCCUUUAGUCAUUUUUCACACAUUACUAGACAUAUAACAGCUCACAGUGGAGAAAGACCUUACAAAUGUAAGGAAUAUGGGAAAACAUAAUUCCUUGUGUCUCUCUGGACACAUAAAUCUCAGUGAAAAGACUUCCCUAUAUCAAAAGUGGGAUUGUCAUCCUUAUUGCUAUAAAUUCAAACAACAAAUUGGCGGAAGUCUAUGAUUAAAGAACAAAGUUUCUCAGUGAGUAACAAAGCAAUAUGAACUCAAAGAUGGCGUCAUUACAGCUACUUUGUGCCUUUGGGAGAAAUAAUAGUUUCAUUGCCACUGCUGAACUUUCUUCAUCAGUGUUUGUUACUUUGUUAGUCCAAGCUACAUUUUACCUUCUUAAAGUCUUCAGUUAUUACAAAUAAGGCUGCAGGGAAUAGCCUUAAGCAAAUUUGGUUUUAUAUAUCUUAAUGUUUUAUGGAUGCUAUUUUGCAUAGAAUAAAAUACACUGAUCUUGUAUUUGGUCUAAGAGUGUUUUGUUUCCCUAUUUAUCACAUUUUCUUGUUUUCUUUCCUAUUGGAAAGUUAACUAUUUUAUCCUUUAUAAUUAGUAAAUGUGUCAUAGGCUGAUACUAUGCAACUGCAAAUACUCUGUUUUUCAUGGUGGUUUGGCCUACUAAUUUUAGUACUCAUUAAUAAUUAUUCCCAAUGGUUGUUAUUACUGUGGUGUUUACCAAAUGGUAUCUUCUGUUCCAAUCAUUUCUUCUAUGUUUAUUAGCUGCAAUUCUGCAAGCAAUAGCUUUCCCUUCUCUCCCCUUCUUUUAUUAAGUUGUUUAUACCAGUGUUAUGAAUUGAAUUGUGCCCCCCCCUAAAAUACGUGUCAGCUUGGUUGGGCCAUGAUUCCCAGUGUUGUGUGGUUGCCCUCCAUUUUGUGAUUGAUACUGUUUUCCUGUGUGUUGCAAACCCUAAUCUGUUCCUGUGGUUAAUGUGGCAAGAAUAGGAUAUGUUAAAGAGGAUUAGGGUGGGAUGUAACACCCUUACUCAGGUCACAUCCCUGAUCCAAUGUAAAGGGAAUUUCCCUGGGGUGUUGCCUGCCCAGAGAUGAAAGAGAAACAGCAUAGAAUGGGGGACCUCAUACCACCAAGAAAGCAGUGUCGGAAGCAGAGCACAUCCUUUGGACCCAGGGUUCCUGCACAGAGAAGCUCCUAGGCCAGGAGAAGAUUGAUGACAAGGACCUUCCUGCAGAGCCGACAGAGAGAGAAAGCCUUCCCCUGGACCUGACAGCCUGAAUUUGAACUUCUAGCUUAGUAGACUGUGAGAAAAUAAGUUUCUCUUUGUUAAAGUCAUCCAGUUGUGGUAUUUCUUUUCUUUUCCUAGCUAAAAUUGUCACAGAUUUGGUUAUUAGGAGUUCCCUUAAGUAAAUUCUGGAGCCCUGGUUGUGCAGUGGUUAAGCAUUCGGCUGCUAACCAAAAGGUUAGCAGCUUGAAUUCACUAGCCACCCCUUGGAAACCCUAUGGGGCAGUUCUUCUUUGUCCUGUAGGGUCAUUGUGAAUUGUAACGGACUCGAGGGCAGCAGGUUUCAUUGUUCUUUUUUGUUUGUUUUUAAGUAAGUUCCUGUAUUUUUUGACAUAUCUCCAUUAUAAUUCGUACAUCAUUUUCUGGCAGUGUCUUUUCCUUUUCCUACCUAAGCCAUGGACGUGGAGUUAGACUUUUGUCUGAGAAACCUUGGUUCCUUUUAUUAGAAAAUUGUAUUUAGAAACAAAGAUCUCGGCAUUAGAUAUUGCUACUGGGUCCUUAAAGUGAAAAGAGCUGGGAAAUAUAUGUGUUGAAUAUACCAAGAACUGGCAAAAGAGUGAACAAAUCUGUCUUGGAAGAAGUACAACCAGAAUGCUCCUUGGAAGCAAGGAUGGUGAGACUGCGUCUUACAUACUUUGGGCAUGUUGUCAGGAGGGAUCAGUCCCUGGAGAAGGACAUCAUGCUUGGCAAAGUACAGGGUCAGUGGAAAAGAGGAGACCCUCAAUGAGGUGGAUUGACACAGUGGCUGCAACAAUGAGCUCAAGCAUAUCAAUGAUUUUAAGGAUGGCUCAGGACCGGGCAGUGUUUCGUUCUGUUGUGCAUAGGGUCGCUAUGAGUCAGAACUGACUUGACAGCACCUAACCACAACAAGUAUACAUAUACAAAGAUGUGGAUUUAUAUCUAUUUCUAUAUGUACUUGUCUAUAUUUGAAAAUCCACAAAAUCAUCCCCAUAUCUCUGGUACCCGUCCAACACCACAGGGUUCAUUUUAGACUUUUCCCUUACUUUUAUGUUCUCCUUUCUCUAACAAUAAUACUCCAGGCUCUCAUUAUCCAUAAUG